GUUGGCUCAGAGAUCAAGGCUGCAGCUGAAGAUUUAGGCGAAUACUUGCUCUUGAUGACUUACUAAAAUUUAAUCACAGUAUGUGUACUGGAGAUGCAGAAGCCACGACGUAGCAGAAAGCUUUGAGCUGUUACAAAUUAUCAGUUUCUACUAACAGCAGUAAAAACUGAAGAAUGCAGGCAACUGGAUUUAUUUCCCUAUGGACGUUGAUUUCACUGCUUUGUGGCCAGUUAGCAAAUACUGGAGAACAUGAAGAUGUAGUAAAGCAUGCAAUAAAGUUGCAUCGUGGGAAAGGAGCUGUUGUUACUCAGAGAAAGCAAUGGGUAUUGGAGAGCUGCAGAAAACUCUCUGGCCUCCUUCGCCAGAAGAACGUUGUGCUCAACAAACUGAAAAACGCUAUAAGAGCAGUGGAGAAGGAUGCAGGCCUCUCAGAUGAAGAGAAACUCUUUCAGGUGCAUACCUUUGAAAUUUUCCAAAAGGAGCUAAAUGAAAGUGAAAAUUCAGUCUUUCAGGCGAUCCACGGUCUCCAGAGAGCUCUACAAGGUGAUUACAAAGAUGUUGUAAAUAUGAAAGAAAGCAGUAGACAGAGACUGGAAGCCCUGAGAGAAGCUGCAAUUAAGGAAGAAAUGGAAUACGUUGAACUCUUGGCAGCAGAGAAGCAUCAGGCUGAAGCCCUUAAGAAUAUGCAGCAUCAAAACAAAAGCCUGUCAAUACUUGAUGAGAUUCUUGAAGAUGUCAGGAAGGCAGCUGAUAGAUUGGAGGAGGAAAUAGAAGAACAUGCUUUUGAUGACAACAAAUCUGUAAGAGGUGUUAACUUUGAAGCAGUUCUAAGGGUGGAAGAAGAUGAAGCCAACUCCAAAAGAAAUGCUUCAAAAAGAGAAGUGGAAGAUGACUUAGGUCUUAGUAUGCUUAUUGAUUCCCAGAACAAUCAGUAUAUACUUACGAAGCCCAGAGAUUCAACCAUUCCUCGUGCUGAUCAUCAUUUCAUAAAGGAUAUCGUGACAAUAGGAAUGUUGUCUUUGCCGUGUGGCUGGCUGUGCACGACAAUAGGAUUGCCAACCAUGUUUGGGUAUAUCAUCUGUGGAGUACUCUUAGGACCGUCAGGAUUAAAUAGUAUCAAGUCUAUUGUACAGGUGGAGACAUUAGGAGAGUUUGGUGUUUUCUUCACUCUCUUUCUAGUUGGUCUGGAAUUUUCUCCUGAAAGAUUAAGAAAGGUAUGGAAGAUAUCUUUGCAAGGCCCCUGCUACAUGACGAUUCUGAUGAUUGCCUUUGGUUUAUUAUGGGGACACUUGCUCCAAAUUAGACCAACACAAAGUGUCUUUAUUUCCACUUGUUUGUCUUUGUCGAGCACACCAUUGGUGUCAAGAUUUCUUGCAGGCAGUGUUCGAGGAGAUAAAGAAGGGGAUAUUGACUACAGUAGUGUACUGCUUGGCAUGUUGGUGAUGCAGGAUGUGCAGCUCGGUUUAUUUAUAGCUGUCAUGCCUACACUUAUUCAAGCAGGAGCAAGCACCUAUUCCAGCAUUGUCAAGGAAAUACUGAGAAUAUUGAUACUGAUUGGCCAAAUUCUCUUUUCUCUGGCUGCUGUUUUUCUUAUAUGUCUUGUUAUAAAGACUUAUCUCAUAGGACCAUAUUAUCGGAAGUUGCACGCGGAAAGCAAAGGGAAUAAAGAAAUCCUCAUUCUAGGAAUAUCUGCAUUCAUCUUCCUUAUGUUAAUGAUCACAGAGCUAUUGGAUGUGUCAAUGGAACUGGGAUGCUUCUUAGCUGGAGCUCUGAUCUCUUCUCAGGGUCACAUGGUUACUGAGGAGAUUAUGUCCUGUAUUGAACCAAUACGUGACUUUCUUGCCAUCAUUUUCUUUGCAUCCAUAGGGCUUCAUGUUUUCCCCACAUUCGUAAUAUAUGAACUCACAGUCUUACUCUUUCUUACGCUGUCUGUGGUCAUAAUGAAGUUUGUCUUGGCAGUGCUUGUCCUUUCUCUGAUUCUUCCAAAGAGCAGCCAGUAUAUCAAAUGGAUUGUCUCAGCAGGACUGGCACAAGUCAGUGAAUUCUCUUUUGUUCUGGGAAGUAGAGCACGCAGAGCAGGGAUCAUAUCUCGGGAGGUCUAUCUCCUUAUUUUGAGUGUGACUACUCUAAGCCUUUUACUUGCCCCAGCCCUGUGGAGAGCCGCAAUUACGAAAUGCGUUCCAAGACCUGAAAGACGCUCAAGUACUUGAUAAGACUUGCACGUGUACAAGAGUUCAUGUUUUUGCAAAGAAUAUCUUCAUUGCUCAUUGUAUUUCUAUGCACUCAAAAAAACAAGAGGGUUUGAGUAGUCCUCUUAACAUGUACUUGGUUAUAAGCCUUAUAUACUGAUCUUUUAAAAAAAACAAAAAACAAACCCCCUGAUAUUUGAAUUAAACAUCUCUUACAAAAUUGACUUUCUUUCUGGCAGAUUAAAAUGGGCCAGAAUAUUUGUUUCUGAUCCAAUGAAUUAUGCAGAGUAGAUAUAUAUAUAUUUUUAAAUACAGUAUCAUGCAAAUUGCAUUGAGUAUUUUUUUUUGCCUGGAUGUGCCUUUUAAUUUUCAUCUGGCUUUGUUACUAUUUGUUCAUCACCAGAUUUUGUUUUUUAAACAAAUAUAGAUAAAUAUAUAUAUACCCCCAUGCAUACAUACAUAUAUAUAUAUAUUAUGGUGCCUAUGGUAUCUUCUUAUACUGUAAAUUACUUGAGUCAUUUUGACAUUUGAGAGUUCAGUACACUGGUGUAAAUUUGGUCACAAAACACAUUUCCAAUGGUGAGUAAAAGUCUAAUCCUUUACACAAGGAAAAGGUUUAACUCUGUUAGCAUCAAACUAUUUUAAGCAGUAAAUACAUAUUCCAAAUGGUACAGCCGAUAUUGUGUGAUAUUUCUUCCAGUUUACCAUAUAUCAUAUUUUCUUGCAGUGAUAACUUUCACUUGUGUUAGUUCUUGUAUUUAUUUACAUAUUUGACCAUGCUGAUGGUGAGAAAAGGCAUAACUUAAGUUAUAUUUGAAGACUGACAGUUGUUACCCGUUCUUGUUGCUAACUACUGUUAUCCUAAUUGUUUACAGUUUUCUUUCUGUGCUUAAACUGAAAAUAAAAUUGGUAAAACUGGGAAGUCUAAUUUCAAGCAGAUGUGACAAACAUUUAUCAGUUCUCUGACUCUGGAGGUUGGAUUGUAAUUGAAAUUAUUUUAAGUAAAUUUGCACAAAACUGAAAAAGGCUGAUUAGACGUGCAUUGGGACCUCUACGUUUUUAUACUUUGUAUUUACAAAUACAGCAGAGUAAGCCUUGUAAAGAG